GCUGAAUCCAUUAAUUGAAUUAUCUAGGUCCAUCAAGAUGAAUUUAUGCUGAAUGUGAAACUUCAGCUUUUUACUCUUAUUGCAAAGCAAGCAGCCUUCCAUCAGCUGAGAACAGUUGAACAACUUGGGUACAUUACUUACCUCACACGGAGGAACGAUUAUGGUAUUCAUGGAGUACAGUUUGUCGUUCAAUCUACAGUAAAGGAUCCGGGGUAUAUUGAUUUGAGAGUCGAGGCAUUCCUCAAGUUGUUUGAAAAUAAAAUUUAUGAGAUGACUGAUGAGGAGUUCAAGAGCAAUGUUAAGGCAUUGAUUGAUAUGAAACUUGAGAAGCACAAGAAUUUAUGGGAAGAAUCUGGAUUUUAUUGGCAUGAGAUUGUUAUUGGGACUUUCAAGUUUGACCGCAAAGAAUGUGAGGUUGCAGCACUAGAGGAGCUUACAAAACAAGAAUUUAUUGAUUUUUUCAACGAAUAUAUAAGAAUUGGCGCCUCAAAAGAGGACAUUGAGCAUACGCGUUUAUGGAAGCCUACAUUCACUUGAGUACAUGUCAGAUAGAAGUGAGGAAGCUAAGCCGAACAAGGUUCAGAUAGAUGAUAUUUUUAGUUUCAGAAGAUCACAACCUCUUUACAGUUCCUUCAAAGGAUGUGCUGGUCGUACAAAGUUGUAAGUAUUGAACCUGUUUUCCAACUUUUAAACUGAAAAAAAAAAUGAUGUAUAAGCUUCUCCAUUUCAAGUGAAGUGAAAAUACUGACAAGAAUAUAUCAGGAAAACAAGCAUUAAUUGAGGUGAUUUUUUAAGUACUGGAAUGAUGGUUCCUGCUUAGGACACAAUCAUGAAUCGCAAUUCUGGAUA